CGUUAAAUCGCUGUGAAAAUAAUAAUAGGGACGAUUGUUUACAUCAACUGGCUAAAUGAGUCAUUUCGAGUUAGUGCGACUCAAACUCGGUUAUUAUCUUCUGUAUUAUUAUCUUUGAUAAUACUGAUUCGCUCCCCCAUUGAAAAAUCGAAGGCAACCAACAGGCAGCGGGAGAGCACAAACAAAAACAAUAUUCAUACCGCUAACAAUAAUAUAAACAACAACAAUACUAGUCGUCUCGUCUUCUCUCGAAAAUAAACAGUUAACAAGAACAUCAGAUAAGCGGGCCGAUUCGUUUGGGUACUUCGAAUUUGCUUCGUGUGCGAAAAUUGUUGAUUAUAGCCAACAGCUUAUAAGAUUCUUUGUGUUUCAGUUAACAAAAUCAGUCAGUGGCAGUGACAGCUUUUACUAUUAGAUGCACAUUAGACGGUAAAAGUUUAAACCAAACACAAAAAAAACAGCAAAAGAAAAACCAAUAAUGCGACAGAAAAUCAACAAUUGUGGGCCAACUUGGCUUGCACAUCUUCUUCUUGUUUUUCUUGGCCUAUGUUGCGGCGCCAGUUUUGCGGCUGACGCAGAUGAUCAGCUGAUAUUUUCAACCAACGAGUGCAAGAUUAAAGAGCCCGUCUAUGGAAGCACUUUCGAUUACAGUGGACUUCGCUCCGAUUUUGCCCAUGUAGUGGAAAGCUUAACCAACAAAGGCGACACAUUUGAGUUCAACAUAUGCGGCAACGUCACGCGACCUUGCAACGGCGAAAGCAAUGUGGCUGCUUGCCUUAAAAGGAAUGGCAAGGAAUACGUGCUGGGGCGCCAGCAUGAACUUAAUUAUCGCAAGGGCAAAAUGUAUUUGAAUUAUUUAAAUGGCUCAAAGUGUGAGAAUGGCACAGCCACCAAUCCCAAUUAUCAGAUCCAUGUCCAGCUCAGUUGCGAUUACACUUUGGAUGUCAAUCCUUUCCAGAUUAUACCCUAUGCAAAUGAUGCAUGUUCCUUCUACAUCAAUUUCGAGACGCCAUUGGCAUGUCUACCCGUUCUGGAUGCUGUUCGAUCAAACAGUUGCAGUGUCCGUGAUCCGAACGGGAAAGGAACUUUCGAUUUGAUGCCAUUGAGUGAUAUGAAUCAUCUCACUAGCGAUCGGCAGGGACGCUUCUUUGUGAUUAAUGUAUGCCAGCCAGUGCUCUAUGGUGAGAACAUGAUGUGCCCCCCAGGAAGCAGCAUAUGUCUAUAUUCCCCAAAGGCCACCAAUUUGUCAGAACGAUUUGUCAACUUUGGCACGGUCCAAUCGAAGCCCGUUGUGGAAAACGGUCGUCUUCUAUUGCGUCACACUUCAAACACACCGUGUGCCGCCAAUAAAAGUUUAAACUACACGAGCAUUGUUUAUUUCAGCUGCGAUCAGUCAGUAAAGAAUGCUCAUCCCACUUUUUCAGGAUUCGGAUUAGAUAGUUGCACGUAUCUUUUUAAUUAUGUUACUCCGCUGGCAUGCAACGAUCUAAAACCCUGCACUGCUGUCACUUAUAGGAACGAGAUUCUGGAUCUCAGCCCACUCAGCAAGGAAGAGCCCCACAAAUUGAGCAAGGAUGGCAAAUCGUACACGGUGGCCGUAUGCGCUAGUGCUGGCAAGCCGUGCCUGGAAAAAGGCGGCGCCUGCUAUGAACAGAAUGCUGAGACCAUCAGCUUGGGUAACUUCAAUUCGCAUUUGCGUUUCAAUCAGAGCGGCUCGGUCUAUUUGCUAUACGAGGAUGGCGCCAAUUGUCGUGGCACUACGCGAUGGUCAACGAAAAUCGAAUUUGUCUGUGCGAACAAUGCGACAAAGGACAAUGGCGCUAGUGAUGGUGCUGGUGGGGGCAGCAACAAUGCCUUGAAAAUAAUUGAGGACUCCAAUUGUCAGCUGUUAAUUCAAUAUCAGACGUCGCAUGCGUGCCGUGAGCAGAUUAAAUGCACGGCGAGUGUGUAUGUGGAUCGUACAUCGGAUACGGAUGGUAUGGGUAGCAGCGGUACCGAGCUGGUCGACUUGACUCCAUUGAUUAGCGCCAAUGAGAACUAUGAGGCGACAAUAGAUCUGCCGCCCAGUAUGGCCAGUCUAGUGCCGAAAUCAACCAAGUUCUUUUUGAAUGUAUGCCGUCCAUUAGUGCCGAAAUACCAAUUAGGCUGUGCCGGCGGAUCAGGUGCUUGUAUGGCCAAAGUGACGUCGUCUGGUGCCCCCGAGGAGGAGCAUAGCUUGGGCUUUCCCUUGAUUUCACUCUCGGUUGGAAAUCGGACUACGGCUGAACUGCUCUAUGUGAAGGGUGAUCCCUGCCCCCAGGAUAAUGGCACGGCACUAUCCACACGGAUUCAUUUCAAUUGUCAAAUGCACGCUGGUCGAGGAAAUCCCGUCCUGCGGACAAUUGAAGAGUGUGCGUAUUUAUUCCAAUGGGAUACCAGUGUCAUUUGCCCGCCACACGAAUGCACUUUUGAUGAGAAAACCUGUGACAUUGUGCAUGAUGAGUUAGGUCAAAAGUUCAACUUUAAAAAUGCUCCCUUUACAAAGGCAGGCAAAAUUGAGAUCGACUACAAUAACACUAAACUAUCUGUGGAUAUAUGCGGCGCACAUCGCAAGGCUAUAACGGACUAUUCCCAGGAUUUGGUCAAUAUAUAUUUCACACACAACUCUUCCGAUUGCGGCAAAGCAGGUAUGCUCAAUGUCCAAAUGCGAUUGAUAUGCAGCAACAAAACGGAAAGCUCCAGCACCAUUUCAUCGGGAGAUGAAUGCAAUUUGCUUUAUGUGCAACGUACUCCAAGCAUCUGCCAGUUUUUGGGUCUGAAUCUGCCCAAUUCCGGAAGUGAUAGUUCCAGCUCCAGCACCAGCACAACGACCACUACACAGACAACGCCAACGGGUAAGCCAACAGCUGCAAUGGUCGUAACUUCGACUCCGGCAACGACAACAACUGCUGGUCCGGGAACGGGUCCGGUUGUAGAUCCGGCGGCAACUCCAAUAGGUCCAACAGCCUCCGUGGGCAGCAUACUGGCUGGCAUUUUGUCUGUGACCUUCUUUGUGACGUGCCUGGGUCUAUUUGCUUUCUCGCCGGCGCGUAGGCAGCGAGUGCGACGAUUCUUCAGACGCAGCAGCUCAGCCGUGCGAUAUUCAAGGGUUCAGUCCAAUGAGGAGGCCAACUUAUUGCUCGAGCCAAACGGUGAAUUUACCGAGAGUGAUGACGACAUGUUGCUUUAGGUGAUGCCAUCCUGGCCUUGGGACUGCAUUACCAUCACCACCACCACAACCACCUCCACCAAUUGCAACUCCAACGACAACAGCACUCAAACAAUGCACAAGGCCAUCAAUGCGUAAAAGACGCAGAGGAAACUAACUAGAAAAGACAAAAAAUCCCAAAGACAAAGACAAAAAUUGAAACUGAUUGUGAGUAGUAGGCAGAGUUAAAGUUAAGUAAUUGAGAACACUGUACAAUACGCGUAGGCUACAACGAUGACCCAAUAAAUGGACCUUCAUACAUGCAUAUAAGUAUAUAUAUAAAUAUAUUAUAUAUUUUAUAUACAGAUCCCUAUACCCCAAAAACUAUUACCAAUAUAAAUAUAUAUACAUAUAAUACUUAUAUCUAGCUUUAGAAAUUUAACAAACGAAUUGCACUAGACAAUUGCUUCAAAGAUUUUCUAAGUAUUUUUGCGCCAGUGAAUAUUUGAUAUGUCGAGAGUUAAUAAUCGCUUUCUCUUUACAACAAUUGCAUGCAAAUGUAACAAUUUAUAACAAUGUGAUUUUUUGUUUCUUACUUAUCCCCCUACCAAAGUUAUUUUCCAGUGAUUUGUUGUUGACUUUUUCUGUCCUUAUUUAUUUGUGAUUUUGUUUUUUAAAUUAACUUUUUAUGUAUACCAAAUAAAUAUAUAUUUAUGUAUAAUGCUACUGAGAAA